AUGAAAUUCAAAACUUUGAUUACAUGGCUUUAUCAAAAAGGAGUUAAUUACAAUCUUUUUAUGUUAAAAGAUGAUGAAUAUGAUGAUGAUGAUGAUGAUGAUGAUGUUAAUAUUCAAGAUCCAACAAUUACUCUUAAACAUCAAAAAUAUAAAACUCGGUUAUAUGUUAUUCUUCUUACCGUUUGUCUUUAUAUUUUAUUUUAUAUAAAUUUAAUCAAAAUAAAGCCAACUACUGUAAUUGUAUCGGAUAUAACAUUAGAUUUAUAUAAUAAACUUUAUACUGAACAUCAUCAAACACUUUCAUGUCCAUGUUCAACAAUAACAAUACCUUAUGAAAAUAUUACUUCAAACGAUGUGAUAAUACAUCCUGUUUGUUCAAGUAUUUUCGUUGAUCCAAUAUGGAUACAAGGAUUAUAUUUUGAAGAAGCAAGUCAAUAUGGAGUUUGGGAUUUUCGAACAACAGCAUAUUCACAAUUUGAAUUUUUAUCGAGUUUUUGUUCACUUUCAAAUGAAGUCAUUUCUCAAACUGUGACUGCUGUUGAUCAUAAUGAACUUGUUUCUCUUUAUCUUCUUUCUGAAGAACAAAUUCGAAUUGAAAUCGAUGGAAAAAUUGAAUAUCUGAAGAAUAGUGCAGCUUCUCGAAUGAUAACAUUUCUGAAUUAUUUAAGAAACACAAGUAAUACACAUUAUUUCGUUUCGGCUCUCAAUACAAACUUUAUAAUCGAAACGUCAAUUGCGUCAAAUGGAUUUUCCAUUUUUUUUGCACACGAAGUACACAUGUUUGAUGUUUAUUACGAACCGAAUUGUGGUGAUACCGUACUGAAAAUUGAUGCUACUUUUAGUCCACAAUCAUACGAAUCAAUUGACCGCUCUGAUAGAUAUGUAAUAUCCCCAAUGCCUAAUUCUAGUACGGUCACUGGAUUCUUUGCAGCGUGUACUCCUGUUGAAGCAAUUCUUGAAAGUACAUUAGAUUGUCUUUACGAAGUAGAGUGUCUUCACUUAUUACUCAACUACUUUCCAAAUCUAACAACAAUCAAUUUCAAUCCAGAUGAUUCAGUUUUAUCUUCAGAACAUGAAAAUAUAUCAGUUCAUGAAUAUUUGGAUAAUCUUUUCAUCAAAAAUUGGUCAAAACAAAUAAAUUAUACGAAAUAUUUUGAUCUAUGUUCUCCAUCAUCAUGUUCAUAUUCAGCCGUAGAACGAUCAAGCGUAGUUUAUGCAAUUACACUUUUUAUCAGUCUCUAUGGUGGUCUCAUCAUUAUACUUCGUCUGAUUGCAUCAUUUUCUAUUGAUAUGUUUAUGAAAUGGAAAUUUUGUAUGAAAAGGAGAAAUGACAAUUCAGCAGUGGAACAAAGAAUCAAUCAAUUCAAAUUUGCCCAAACAAUAAAAAGAUUAAAUUUAUUUAAGAAUAUAAAUGAUCGAACAGAACAAAGUAUUAAACAUCAGAAGGUGGUUACACGUGUCUAUUUGAUUUUAUUAUUUGGUUCAAUAUGUACUGUUUGUUUAUUUACAUCAUUAAAUAGUGAAAAUGUAACAAUAACUAUAACGAACUUAUCAAUGACAACUUAUAAUGAUUUGGAAGAUCAACAUUACAGUACACUUCGAUGUCCAUGUUCAAACAAAGCAAUAUCUUAUAAAAAUUUUCUCUCGUUAUCGCCACGUUUACAUCAAAUAUGUUCAAGUCAUUUCGUUCAUAAUCAUUGGAUUAAUAUAUUGAGAUCCCGUCGCAAACAUUUCCCUCUUAAGGAUUGGCGCAGUCAACUAUAUUUACAAGUUCAGUUUUUGUCUGAUUUUUGUCGUUUAGCUAAUAAGACGAUCGAUGAUGCCGUUAUUCGAUAUCUUUCUCAGUUGUUUAUUGUUUCUUCUGUUAUGCAUGAAACUGAAUUUAACAAACAAGUCAAUGCAAGUCUCAAUCAAUUUUAUCAAUCAACAACUUAUAAUUUUGAUGUAAUGACGGAUGUUUUACGACUCUUGAUGCAGAUAGAUCAGCUAUAUAUACAAUCAGCGAGAAUAAUUUAUGGACGAGUUGAUGAUGUUAAUUUAAUAAGCGAGGUGAUGGCAGAUGAUGGAGACUCUACUCGACUAAUCAAAUAUCACUUUCUGUUAAAUGAAAUUCAGCAAAUCAAUUCAACAAUGAGCAAAUGUGUUUGUGCCAUAAAUCCAUAUUGUCAAACACCAUAUGUUGUAUCUGAUCCUGGUUUCAACGCUUAUAAAAAUCUGGUUUACGACGUACCAGGUUCGAUUCGACGAUGCCUGCCUAUUGAUUCUCUUCUUUCUUCAUCACUUGAAUGUUUAUAUGAAGAUUAUGGUUGCUUUCCAUUAUUGAUAGCCUCUUUUUACGAAACAUUGGAUAACGAAAAUUAUAAUCCAUCCUUAACAUUUGAUUUUGGUCCAUUGAUCUAUAAUCCAGCAACGACUCUAUUUCCUCCAAAUGCAACUGUUUCAAGCAUGUUUAAAGAAAUGAUGGUCGAACAAUGGAAUCCAUUCAUGUCUUAUAGAUCAUUUUUUGAAUCAUGUGCACCUACUUAUUGUACUUAUUCUCAAAGAAUGCGUACAGAAAAUUUUCUUGGAGUGAUCGUAACAAUAAUAUCAAUGAUUGGCGGUCUUAUACUUUCAUUACGAAUUGUGACACCUUAUCUUGUUAAAAUUAUUGUUGGAUUAAUGGAAAAACUUAAGAAAAAAAGACAACGAACAGAACGAGUUCAUCAAAGUUAUUUCAAUCGAAUCAAAAUCAUAAUACAAAAUAUGAUCAAACUCUUGUCAAAAACAUUAAUUGAAUUAAAUAUCUUUUCAUCAUCUGAUUUUGAAAGUAGUAUUGACCGACUAACAGCUACAUAUUAUGGUCGAUGGGCAACACGUUUCUACAUUCUGUUGUUUCUUAGUACUUUCACGAUACUUAUCUUUUAUACAAUGAUUCAACCACAUAGUGUAACAAAAACAUUUGAUCAGCUAUCAUUUAAUUCUUAUCAGCAAUUACGACAAAUUUAUGGAAACAAAUUAAAAUGUUCAUGUUCGCAAAUAGCAUCAAAAUACAAUGAAUUUGUUGAAAUUAUACCAGAAUUUCAUCCUAUUUGUUCAAGUCAAUUCGUAUCGAAAGAAUGGCAUAUGGGUAUAAUAAAUAGUCUUGCUUCAAAUUUCUCUCUAUAUUCAAAAAAUGAUUAUCGUCGAUUUAUUUCUUCUCAUCUACAAUAUCUUCAAGGACUAUGUCAAAUCUCAAAAGAUUCAGUUGAUAAUACUAUUAAUGAAUUUCUUACAUCAUUAUUAGUUACUGUUGAACUUCUUUCCAAAGAAAAUUUUCAUCAUCGUAUUGAAAUCCUAAUUGAACAAAGUAAAUCCAAUAUUCCUUUCUUAGUUUCUCGUUUUCUCUUCACGAUUCAAACUUUUAAUCAUGGAAAUGCUUUUAUGACAACAUAUGGGACAAAUUUUCAAUAUGUUUCUCGGACAUCUGAUUCUUAUGCACAUACAAAUGCAAUGAUUUAUGAUGAUAAUUGUUCAUGUGGAUUAUCUUCAAAUUGUACAACACAAGCUAAUUUUAUUGAAAAAUCAACAAUAAUUCCAAUUGUAGGAUUAAAAAUGGGAUGUUUACCAAGUGAAUCAUUUCGAUUAUCAACUCUUGAAUGUUUUUAUAAUCAAUCAUGUCUUGAUCUUGUUCAUAAAUAUACAAAUUAUCAAAAUUCUUCAAUUGCUCUUUCAACAAAUCUUAGUUAUUCUCCACCAAAUUCAACUAUUAAUGAAUUGAUAAAUCAUGCAUUCACUGAACAAUGGUUAAAAAAUAUAACUUAUUCUUCAUAUUAUGAUGAAUGUUUUCCUUCAGUGUGUUCAUAUACUUAUAUUGAAAAGUUUAAUAUUCUAUAUCUCAUAACUCUAUUUCUUAGUCUUCAAGGUGGUGUAACAUUAGUUUUGGCAUGGAUUUGUCCAAAAAUAAUUCAAAAUGUAUCAAAAAUCUAUCAUUAUUAUCGUAGAAGAAGACAAAGAACAUCAGUUUAUCCACAUAAUUCACUUUCAAUGUCAUCAAAUGAUUUUAAUAUUCAAAAUACAAAUAAUAAUGCUGAUAAUCAAACAGAACAAAACAGAACAUUUGAGUAA